GUUCCGUUCUCAACGGACCCAAUUACGAGAGAGCCCAACACAACACGUUUUGUGUACAAUGACGAGUCGAGAAUGUUGAACUGCGAUACGAUACGAUUCGAUUCACGAAAGAACGGUCGCACGUUUGUUUAUUUUCCCAUUCUCACCUGACGCCGGCUAUUUUCAUGAUUUGCAAUUAACCCACAGAACAAACUCGCCCUGCAAAGUUCGCGGAUGUGUUUAUUCUAAUAGGUGAAGCGAUUCGGUUUGUCACGGAAGGGACCAUAGGAACUCGAGCGCCGUUGUGAGACACAAUGAGAUUGUUCUGUAAAGAAGUGCGUCAUGUGUUCCGGUGUUGUGUAAUCUAUACCUUCUGAACAAAAAGGAUUAGAAUUGAAUCGUUUCUUGACUUCUUGGGGUUGAUUUAUCUUCGGUCAUUAUUAAAGUGUGUGCAUAUUUUUUACAACUAGUUCUAGCUAGUCAUGGAGCCGAUACAGUUAACUGAUGUGGAAAAAGCCGCCAAAUCGCUUUUUACGAAACUGAUCAUCGAAGGUAGUUUCCAGCCGUGUGAUAUGGGAGGCGCUGCAGAUUUAGAGUCCAAGCUACCCCUGUGGUUUGACGAUGCCAAGUUCAAAAGAGGUCAGAAAUAUUUCCUCGACAAUCGCUUCGGAAUGAUGCAAUCAAACUUCUGCGGUUUGAUCACGUUGCUGAGUGAACCCAAAGGACUAACUGUUUUGAACAACACAGGACGAUCAAGCACACCGGAGACGGCUCGGAAACGAUACAUUUCAACGAUAUUUCAUAUGCUAUCAUGGUAUGAAAUCGAUCUGUCGCCAGGAUCCAAAUCAUGGGCAUCACUCAACCGCGUCCGAAAGAUGCAUCUUCACGCAUCGACGAAGUCGCAAAAGGAUAGUGUUGGUUUCAUCACACAGACGGAGAUUGCCCUCACGACGUUCGGCUUUAUGGGGUAUGCAUUGAUUCGUCCACAUGUGCUCGGAAUAAAGUAUGACAAUCAGGAAGAUCGUGAAGCAUUGGUACACUUCUGGGCCGUGAUAGGUGCAAUGUUAGGUGUGCAGGAUCAGUAUAACAUCUGCCUACCCGAACUAGCGGUGGUGGAAACGAUUUGCCAGAUCUGUUUGAGGUACAUUUUUAUGCCUCUGCUACAGUUGGAAUCACCUUUGUUCAAAACAAUGGUCCGGGCAAUUGUUGAUGGGCUCAACGAGUUUACGCCAUUCAAUUCCUACGAAAGUAUGAUCUGGUUCGUGAGACGUGUCGCUGGGAUUCCUGGUUACCAAUAUAGCGUGGACCUGCAAAAGGAAACCGUGUGUCGUAAACUGUACUCUAGCGAAGAGCUGGCCUCUAUGAGAAAAUUUUUUCUUGAGAAGAAGGAAUACGAGUACAUGGAUACUGCGAUUUUUUGCGAACAAAUAGUGUUAUUCGAUGUGAAGCAAACCGGUGAUGUUUGUACGGUCAACGAAAGUUCGUUGGACAGUGGCACCGUUACUGGUGUUUACAACGAGUUGCCCAGAGAGGGAGUUAAAAGUAAUAAUUAUUUAUCGGAGUUCUUGGAAUUGAAACACAACGAAGAAAUCGUUAUAACGGUAAUUGAAAAUGACGACCAAUGGCAGAAUUAUUUAAAUGACUCUAAGUUGAGUUUGUUAUCGAGUAGUGACCUUAUGAAUUUUAAGUUGAAGUGUAGGUUAUGCGAUAGUAGUUACUAUCGAAUCGGUAGGUUCAUUAACGAGACAGUGUUGAGUUUUAUGCUUCUUCGUAUGAGGAGAGCUCAGGGGAAAUGAUUAGGGUAGUUGGUAAUUUUUAGAGCAUUGUACAUAGGAGAUAAGUUGUGGUGGCAAUUCAUAUACCAAGAAGAGCAAUAAAUGACAUUAGUAUAUUUCCACUAUUGUUCUCUUCUUCUUAUAUGGCACUAACGUUCCUAGAGGAACUCCGCCGUCUCAACGUAGCAUUACUUGCGUCAUUUUGCAAGCUCUAGAAUACGCGUGACCACAGUGCAAGUCAGAGGAAAUUUCUUUGAAGAAAAAUUUCCCCGACCAGAACGGGAAUCGAACUCGAACCUCCGGCAUG